CUCUCUAAUUAUGAUAUGACCAUGGAUUUUGAAGAUGAUAAUCAGUAUAGUGGAUGGACUGCUCCUAAAGGACCUAAAUCAGGUCAAGGGAAAGUCCAUGUUGGUUAUGUAGGUAAAUUAUUAGAGGGAUUUACUCUAUCCACAAAGACAUUGAAACCAAAUAAAGUCUUUCCACCACCUACCUUACCUCGACAUUUUAAACCAGUCCAUAGAUUUAAAGGUCCAGUUGUUGAAGAGUCUAUUGCUAAUGCUGGAAGGGAUGCUGGGAAGAAGGAAGACAAACAGAAGAGUCUUACUGCCACUGAUAGAGCUUUACAACUUGGAGAAUCUCCCAUUAUAGGUUCUGUAUUUGAUCUCCUCUCAAAAGAGGAUAAGGAAAAAAUGGAUGACGCAAAAUCUGGAAAAUUGAAAAUAGAGUUAACACCCAUGGAUAUUUCAAUAAAUCCCAUGUUACUGAUUCCCAACGUUGAAGACAUUCCCCUACCCCCUUCUCCUGAUAAAGCACCGCCAUCAAAAUCUUCAUCAUCAACCACAACUCCACCAACAAAGACUUCAUCACGAUGGGAUAUGAAAGAAAGAAAAACAUCUUCUAAUCCAUCAUCAGUAACCAGUCCAGAAAUCAAUGUGAUAAAAUCACCAGAAAAUGUAUUCAAAACCCCGUUCGAGAUGAAGGCAUCUUCAAAUAAACCAAUGUUCAUGGGAAAUUUAUCAUUUAAACCAUUCGUUAAGUUUCCUGAGAAACAGGCUCGAUAUGAAAAAUACUUGUCAUUGGUUCAACAGGGUAGAAAAGACCCAUAUUUAGAAGUUGUUGGAGGGAGUAUGACAGAAUGGGAGCGAGAACGAGAGAGGGAGGAGUUUGUAAAAGCCGGUAAAUUCUAUAAGCCAUUGUCAGGAAUGAUGGCAUCCCGUUUCACGUCUGCUAAAUAUGGUGAUGACACAGAAACAGUUGAUGUUCCUAUAGAUGAUGGGGCUGAUAAAUCUGAUAAAGCCAAGGCAGUAGAAAUGAAGAUGUUUGGUCAGCUGACACGAGAGACGUUUGAAUGGCAUCCUGAUAAAGUUUUAUGUAAAAGAUUUAAUGUUCCUGAUCCUUACCCAGGGUCAUCUAUAUCCGGUCUACCGUCUGUUAAAAGAGAUAAAUAUUCUGUGUAUAAUUUUCUCAGUUUUCCUGUCUCUGAUUUUACUCCUGGGCAGACCUCCACCACCACUCCUGAUCCACUGGAAUCACAACCAUUAGCUAUUGAAGACAAACCAGCAGACACUAUGAAAAAGGCAGCAACUUCAAAAGUAGCAUUUCAUAUGAAAAAGAAGCCGUCCAUUUUUAACGUUUUAUUCGAAGACGAGAAACCUAAAACUAGUCAUUAUAAAGGCAGUAAUAAGCAGGAGGUCUCGUCUGAUAAGGUAGAUUUGGAGAAGGCGUCUGAAAAAGAACAGAAUUCAGUAAAAUCACAAGAUGUGGAUCAUCAUUCAACAGCAGAAAUGGAAAUAUCUGGGAAUAAAAAUGUGGUGACAGAAAAGAAAGAAGAGAAACCAUUUGAUUUAUUUCGAGCUGUGUUUAAAAAUUCUGAUUCUGAAAUCAGCAGUAGCUCCAGUUCAGAAGAAGAUGAGCAAGGAGAAACAGUGUCAACGAAAACAUCUAGUGAAACACUACCAAAAAAUAUAAAAGCUCCAAGUUACAGGUUACCAGGUGAUGGAACAAUAAUUCAGUCAGUGGAGGAGAGGUUGUCUCCCUUUGUCGCUGUUGACGACAAGACAGAUUCAAAUAUGGAAGUUGACAACCACAUAUCAAAAUCGUUGCCCAGUGACAAUGUGAAGGACAACAAAUCAUUGUGUGAUUCAGGCAUUAAAAAUUCCGAGCCUCGUAGCAACGACAACAAAGAGACACAGAAAUUGGAAUUUUCAAAGCCUUCCAGCAAAGACAGCGAAGAAAGAAAUAAAUUCAAGUUUUCCAAACCGUCAACUUCAAAAUCUUCAUCACGGUCAAAACAUCAUUCAAGAUCAGAUUCCAGAAAUAGGUCAAGGUCAAGUUCUAGACAUAAGUCAAGGUCAAGUUCAAGACAUAAGUCAAGGUCGUCGUCAAGGUCAACUGAUAGCGAAGAGGAAGUAGAAUAUUAUGGUCCAGUUCCGCCACAACCCAGUCCUUUAGGAUCAAAGGAAGACAUGAAGAAAGCAUUGAAGGAACAUAAAGACAGUUUUAAACCUAAACACAAGAAAAAAAGUAAACGGAAGGAAAAAUAUGAAAAAUCAGAGAAAAAUAAAAAACAAUCAAAAGAUAAAUAUACAGAUAAACACAAACAUAGAUCGAAGGACAAGAAGUCUAAACAUAAAAAACAUAAAGAUAAGAAAUCGAAGAAGAAGAAGAAGAAGAAUGAUAGAGAGAAGAAUGAUAGAGAGAAGAAUGAUAGAGAGAAGAAUGAUAGAGAGAAGAGUGAUGACAGUAAUGAAAGUAGCGAAGAUACUGACGUCCAUUUAGACGAUAAAAAACUUGAUGAGCAGAUUUUAUCAAGAUUACGUGAUUUACCACAACAAAAGAAGAAAUGAGAUAAUGUAAUGUAUAGACUGAAUCAAGUGCCUUCUUAUUAGACUUUAUUUAAAUACAAGAAUAAAUUGAUGCUAU